AUAUCGAUUCAAAUAAAACAGAAAAAAGAAAACUAAAACACAAUUAAGUUUACUAAUCAAAUUAACUCUUACAUUAUUGGAUUAAUAUCGUGAGUCAAAUACUAAGAAUAGAGAUUUUAUAAUAAGAAAGUGGUGAAUGGAAAAAUUACUGUAAAUGAAUAAUUUGUUUUUCCCCCACCAAAAUCCUGACAGAAGUUUUCUCUCUUUUAUUAGUGACUUGCGAACUGAAUUAACUCAAUAUAAACUGUAGCAACGAAAUAGGGAUCAACGGAAAGAAAUUAACAAAACCAUAAGUAACCAAGAAUAGCAAAAUCUUUUAAAAAGGAAAGAGAAGAGGGAAAAUAAAUAAAAAAAUAAAGAAAGAAAAGGGGGUGAGAGAGGGGCAAAUUAUGUGGUUCCAGGCUUGCAAACCAAUCCUCCAGAAGGAAUCGUUUAGAAAAAGUAAUGGGUUUGCUUCAAAGCCAACCGAAUCUCACUCGUUUCCUCGCCUCCUCAUACUUGCUAUUGCAUCUUUAAAAAAUCUCUGUAUAUUAAUUACUUUAUAAAUCUGCCUCUAAAUAUAUACACUACUCUUAGUAAACUUCCAAGAUUGGCAAAGCAAGACUGUCUCUCUAGCAAACAAAAUUCAUGGUAACUGCUCUUUCUUGACUCUACUUAAUCAACACCCAAACUAACCAACCAACAAACAAAACCCACAUCCUUUUUGCCUUUCUUUGUCAUUUUAUUGGCUUUUCUCUAUUUCUUGAUUUCAAACAACUGAUGAUGGAACAACCUCUUCAAGAACUGAUCAUGGCUUCCCCAUCUUCUUCUCAUAAUACUGAGCUCAUCACGCAGAUUAUCAGAGGCAAACGCACCAAGCGUCCAAGGCCUCUUUCUCCGCUAAGGUUAGCUGUCGCUUGCAGCUCUGAAAGUGGUUCAGGUGAAUGUGGCAAGAUUGAAAGACUCGACGAUAGUAAUAAUAAUAAUAAUAAUAUUAACUUGUCGUCUUCUCCUAGUUCCUCUAUUGAAUUCGCGGGUGGAGAAGAAGAGGAUAUGGCGAAUUGUUUGAUUCUUCUGGCUCGAGGUACUCAGCCCCAAACUCGGAAAUUGUCAGAACCUGAAGCUAUGGCUACAACUAGGGCUGCUACUACAAAGGGCAUGAUGUGUUCAGGUCCUUCAUAUGUUUAUCAGUGCAAAACCUGUAACCGGUGCUUCCCUUCAUUUCAAGCUCUUGGAGGACACAGAGCGAGCCACAAGAAACCGAAUAAUAAAGGAACUGGCAGUAAUGAAGAGAAGAAAGGAAGGGAACAAGAAGAGGAAGAUCAGCUACUGCUUAAUGAUACGAACACUACACUUUCAUUGCAAAUAGCAAACAGAGGUAGUAGUAAUCCUACUGCUGCUGCUGCUAAUAUCAAAUCUAACAAGGUGCACGAAUGCUCGAUAUGUGGCGCGGAGUUUUCCUCCGGUCAGGCCUUAGGUGGUCAUAUGAGGCGGCAUAGAGCUGCGUUCGACACUACUUCAACAAGAACGAUAACACCACCACCACCGCCAAAGACAGUGAGUCUGGUUACAAGCAGUCCUGAAUUUCAAGAAACCAAAAAACCAAGAAGAAAUAGUCUGCAACUAGACCUUAAUCUUCCAGCACCAGAAGAUCAUGAUAACAGGGAAUCUAAAUUCCACUUUGCUUCUAAAGAACAAGUUCUUGUCUUCUCAUCUUCACCUUUGGUUGAUUGCCAUUAUUGAUCACAAAGCUACAACUGC